AUGUAUGAUGAUGGAAACUUAAUAAAUCAUAAAAAUGUUCAAUUAUUUAUUCGACAUAUUAAAAUGCAGAUGAUUAUUGUAUUACUUGUAUAUCUACUAAACAUUUAGAAGAAAAUAAAUGUAUCUUUGGUGCAAGUUAUUUUGAUUAUAUGCUUGAAUUAAAAAUGCAUAAAUUGUAAAUUAAAUCUCAAAAAUUGCAUUGAAUGUAAUUCAAUAUUAUUGAGAGAAUUUGAUAAUAAAACUCAAACUUGUAUUUGUAUGAUUGGAACUACAGAUAUAAAUGGUGUAUGUUAAAUUAGCGAUAUAAACUGUUUAAAAUUUAUAAAUGCUAUUUGUAAUUGUUCAUCCUGGAAAAAUUUUAAAUUACUUAUAAGUAAUAAAUGUUAAUGUAUUGAAGGCACUUAUGAAACAGGUGUUGAUAAAGAAUGUUAGCUUUGUAAUGCUACUUGUUUGACAUGUAUAAAUUAAGAAAAUUAUUGUACAUCACGUUCAACAGGUAAAUAUCGAAUCUUUAAAACAGGAAACAUUUGCAUUUGCUAAGAAGGUUAUUUUGAAGAUUUAGUGACUUUUACUUAUAAACAAUGCAAAUUUUCUUGUUUAGCUUGUUAGGUUACAUCAAAAAAUUGUUAAUCUUGUGAUUCCAAAAUGAAUCUUAGUCUAGAUUUCAAAAAUAAAUGUGUAUGAUCAUCAGGUUUUUACUUAAAUUCAACUUCUAAAAUUUGUGAAGGUAAAUGUUCAAUUAUUAUUUUAAAUUAGCUUGUAAUAUCACAUGUAAAGAAUGCCAAAAUCUUACUUAGUGUAAUGAAUGCGAAUCUAUAACUAGACACAUAGAUUCAGAAAACUUACAAUUUCUAUGUAAAGAUGAAUAUUUUGAAGUGAAUUAAAGGAAAUGUUCAUUGAUCAAAUUUGUUGUAAAUAAUCGCAUAUAAUAUAACUUGUAAAACUUGAAUCAAUUAAGCGAUGAAAUGUAAAACAUGUGA